AUGAAAACAGUCAUAGGUCGUAUUGUUAUAGGAAAUCCAUUUGAGGGUGAACGUUAUUUUGUGCGGUUAUUGCUAAACCAUGUAAGGGGACCACUGUCCUUUGAAGAUCUUAGAACAGUCGAAGGCAUUUUGGCCCCAACAUUUCAUGAGGCAGCAACAAUGCAAGGUUUGUUACAAAGAGACAGUAGCUUAGAAGGUUGUUUACUUGAAGCAUCUUUAUAUGAAAUGCCAUCAAGUUUGAGGCGACUGUUCGCAACAAUAUUGGUAUAUUGUAAUCCAACCAAUCCAAGAGACCUUUGGGAACGUUUUGAGGAUGAUAUGUCAAUUGGUUUCAAAUCAUCAGGAUAUUAUCCCAAAAAUUGA